CCUUGAAUGUGACCCGCGGGUCCUCCUGUCACUUUGAGACGGACGCUGCUCACCUCAACAGCUUCCUUUGCACAUAUAAGAAAGAGGAAAUCCAAGAUUUCUGCAUCACGCAGACUGACCUUGAAGACCAAGCUGCUAAAGGUAGCAACUGUGAUGUUAGAGAAGGAGAAGGAAACAAAGCGGCAGGAGAGAGAAACUACUUUGAGCGAGAGACUGCCUCCGCUGCAGCUGUCCGGGCUGUCAGUGCAGGACCUUCAGGCUCUGUGCAAAGAACUGCACCAUAAAAUAGACGUGGUCGAUGAGGAGCGCUAUGAUAUCAACUCCAAGGUUAACAAGAAUAAUUUAGAGCUUGAAAAUCUCUCUGCCAAGAUCAUUGAGCUAAAGGGUAAAAUGAAGCGCCCCGCUCUUAAACGGGUGAAGAUUUCGGCCGACGCCAUGUUGGGAGCGCUGCUGGGUGCCAAGGUCAAGGAGUCUGUGGACUUUAAGGCCAACCUGAAGACCGUCAAGAAGGAAGAAGAGAAGAAAGAGGAAGUGACGGACUGGCGUAAGAAUGUGGAGGCCAUGUCUGGUAUGGAGGGCCGAAUGAAGCUCUUUAAUGCCGGCCAGUAGAUUCAAAACAAACAAGUGACCCUUAAUUAAAAAAAGGUUUGAUUAAGUCAUUAAAACCGAUUUUUGUUGUGCAAAAUAUGGCAUGUAAUAAUUAUUUGACAGCAAUCAUGUAGUAAAAUGUAGAUUUUUACAGAUAAAGCUCAUCAAUGCCAACAAUAUAUCCUUGCCCUUUUUUGAGAUUUAGCAGAAUUUGAUCCAAAAAAAUAAAGUCACUUCAAUCA